GGUGCUGAUGUGACACCCACCACUGGUUGCCAGGACUAUGGGGAAACUGCAGAGUAAAAUCAGCUUCCACACCACCAAAUACAGGUAAAGCAAUGGUGGGAGAUCAGUCCUGUUAAUAAACCAGGUGUGAGAGUGAAGAGAGCACAAAUGAGCAGAAAAUAUGGCAAGCACAGGGGUUUAGUUUCAUUAUUGGAUGUUUGAACCAGGUUUGCAUUUCUAAUCCUCACUUAUAAAGCCUGCUCAGCUUUUUGGGGGGACUGAAAUCCCAAGUGUCACUCACAGGAAUGGCCAAGCACAUAACCAUGGCCAGUGGUUGUGCUCUGUGAUGGCUGAGGCAGAGCUCUGAAGGGGAACUGCUCCAGGAGAGAGGCUCUUCGGCCCAAAUUCCCAAACUGCUUUGUUGUGUCCUCAGAGCCUGUCACCAGCCUUCAUGGCCAAGAUGAAAUAAUUCAGUCCCUGGCAGCAGGGAGAGGGAUCUGUGCCUGGAGAGCAGCACAGGGUGGCAGCAGGGGGGACUCAUGGCCAGGGAGGUGUCACAGCAAAGAGCAGCAGAGCCUGACCCAUGUGAGUGUGGAGGCUGGUGAGGUCAAAAUCUCUUUUCUUCUUUGCACCAGCACAGAGUGAGCAACAAUUAAAUAUUCAGCAGCUCUGGAGCUGGGAUAGGUCUGCUCCAUCUCACUCACAGCCUCUCUCUGGCUUUCCCAGACAGAUGUUGUCAUGUCAGAAGAUGCUGGAGGUGGCAGGAAAUGGCACCUGACCUCUCCUCCCAGCCCCUGCAGCUCCCACUGCUGUCCCUGUUCCUCUGCAGGGCCGAUGGCUCCGUGGGACAGACGGGACCCGCCGGUGCCUCCCGGGAGCACAGCCCUGCUCACACCGACGCUGUCACCUCUGUGGCUGCUCUCCAACCAGACCUGUGUGUGUCAGGAGGAAGGGAUAAGAGCGUGGCUGUGUCCAGCUGGAGGUCCGGGGCUGCCCUGCGCCGCUUCACCGGCCACGAGCGCGAGGUCACCAAGGUCACCUCAGCCCUUGACUCCAACAGAGUCUUCAGCGCAUCCCGGGACAAGACAGUGAUGAUGUGGGAGCUUCACGGGACUUCGGGGCCAAGCCAGCACUUCCCAGGACAUGACCUGGUUGUUACUGGACUGGCUGUGAGCCCAGACGCCUCCCUGCUGUGCACGGGCUCCCGGGACAACACCGUGUGCAAGUGGGACACUGAGACCGGGGAGUGUCUGGGCAGAGCUGCAAUCUCCAGGAAUCUGGUCACACACCUGUGCUGGGUUCCUGGGGAGCCUUAUGUCAUCCAGACCUCAGAGGAUAAAACCAUCAGGGUGUGGGACAGCCGGGAGCUGCAGGUGGCCCACACGUUCCCAGCCAAGCAGCACAUCCAGACGUGCUGUGACGUGAGCCAGGACGGGCGGUACUGCCUCAGCAGCAGCAGCGGCUCCGCCGGCCACGGCGCCGAGGCCACCCUUUGGGACCUGAGGCAGACCAGGGGCCGAGUGUGUGAGUACAAAGGGCAUUUCCAGACCACCACCGCAUGUGUCUUCCUGCCCCGGGGCCCCGCGCUCGCCCCCAGCAUUGCCACAUCCUCCAGCGACAGCACGGUGAAGGUCUGGGACCAGGACACUGCAGCCUGCCUGGCCACGCUGUGUCUCGAGGGCUCGGGCUCACUGGCCUCGCUGGCCACCUGCAACAGCUCCACCCUGCUCUGCGCCAGCUCCAACUCUGGCAUCCACGUGCUCCGGGUGAGGGGCAGUGCAGAGCUGGCCCUGGAGGAGGUGGCAGCGUUCUGAGCACCGGAACCCCCUGUCAGACACUGUCCCAGGAGGAGGUGGCAGCGUUCUGAGCACCAGAACCCCCUGUCACAGAUUGUCCCAGGGAGGGGAUGUGACCCCCAAGAGCUGCCCUGACAGCAGGCAGCAGGGACGCUGUGCCUGUGGGAUAUGACAGCGGGGCUGGGGGACUUGCUGGUUGGUUUAUGGGUGACAGAGAGGCAUCAGAGCUGUCCAGGAGAAAAGCCAAACUCUGGGAGCCUUCAGGCCAAGCUCUUGCUCCUCACUGAGCAUCCUGCAUUUUCCUUACAAAGCCUCCCUGCAGCCUAUGGCACAGGAUGGGCAGAGGGAGGAGAUGAGACACCAGGACCAAGGGACAGAUACCUGAGCACUAGGCUGAGCACACACAGCUGGACCUGGGCUUGGACCAGAGGAGUCUGCAAUGAAAUAAUUCUUCUGUGUUA